UUCUGUUAAAGAGUUUUUUCCAUAAUGAGUUGUAUUAGGCUACUGUGGACAGGAAUGACUGAAUAAUAACACCCAAGAAUAAGAAAAAAAAUGUGUAAAAAUAAGUUUUAGUUUGCUAGUAUUCUGGAUGUGAAAAAACACAUAUUCCUCCCGAUGUUCUAGUUUAUAUUCCUUCUUUUUGUUUUUUGCUACUUUUUUGGUUUGUGUUCUUGCCUUAGAUUUCAAACAUAGAAACAUUUCCUUAAAGGUUAAAAAAAAGUCCAAUCACGUCUCCGCAUGCACUCUAAUCCGCCGCCGGAUUUUUUUUUUUUUUUACUAUUAUUCCCAGGAAUGAAAAGAAAUAAUAAAUACAUUCUAAAAAGGAGGGGGUUUGGAGGAGUCUUUACCGAAGGGGGCGACCACGCACAUUCUCUCAGCCAUCCUCACUCCCCUCUCGUUGUUGUAAAGCGGUGCGUGAGCGCGCAGCUCUCUCUUCUGCCUCUGUCUGUGCGUGGACGGACACUCCAUCUCCACGCGCUCCUCCCGGAGGAUUUUGACGUGUUCCGUUAGGCUCGUGCGCGUCCACGGGCGUCUUGGACCACUGCCGUUCUCCUCCAUGUGUGCGCCUGUGAGUGCGCCGUAAGCAGCAGCAGCACUAGCAGCAGCGCUGAGGAAGAGGAGGAGGUCUGCUUUCUGCACCGCGUCGUGCACCGUGGAAAUACGCUCGCCUGCUCUGGUUACUAUCAAAGCGAGGGGGGCAAAAAGGAGACCGAGGGCGGCUUUUUGGGGGGCUUUCGGGGGCUGCCCCAGACCGCUUUGGCUGAAUUGUCAACGGACGUGCUGCGCUCCAGCCGACGCGUCUCCAGAAUGAAUGAGUGGGACUGAACGGGAAUCCGAAGCUUUAUUUUAUUCUGAAAGGUGCGCCAAGGCAGCCAUGGAGGUGAAGGAACGCAGACCCUACCGCUCUCUCACGGCCCGGCAGGACACGGAGCGUCGGUACACCAGCUCCUCGGCAGACAGCGAAGAUGGCAAAACCAAUUCCAAAUCCUACAGCUCCAGCGAAACCCUGAAAGCCUUCGACCACGAAUCCAGGAUGGCCUACGGCAGCCGAGUCAAGGAAAUGGUUCACCAUGAAGUUGACGAGUUCAACCGCCAAGGGUCGGACUUCUCGCUCCGAGACCUCGGCUUCGGAGAAGCGCUGCCGUCACACGUGGCCACGUACCGGAGUGACAUGGGAAUGCCGCACCGCGACUACUCGGUCAGCGUGGGCUCGGAUGCAGACACGGAGACCGAUGGCAUCAUGUCACCGGAGCACGCCGUCAGAUUAUGGGGCCGCAGCAACACCAAGUCGGGCCGCAGCUCCUGUCUCUCCAGCAGGGCCAACUCCAACCUGACCCUCACUGACACAGAACACGAAAACACCGAAAACGGUCCUCCGCUGCAUUGUUCAUCCUCCUCCUCCUCCCCUGUUGAGCAGCUCCCAUGCCCUCCCCCUUGCAUUGCAGCCAAUGAGAGCCAGGGAAGGUUGCUAGGUAACAGUGCGGCUCAGCCAGCCCAGGACUCUGACUCUGAGGAUGAGUUUGGCCCCGAUUCAUUCUUAGUUAAAACUGGCUCAGGGACCCUGUGUGCUCCUGCCACUGCAGACGCUCACGACGUAGCUUUUCAAAAUCACUCCCGGCUUCGGACGCCUCCCCUCCCGCUCUCCCACUCCCACUCUCCCAAUCAUCACCAUGCGGCCUCUAUUAACUCGUUGAACAGGGCCAAUUACACUCCAAGGAGCAACCCAAGUCCCGCCCCCACAGACAGCUCGGCCCCCCCUGAAGGUACAGCCAGUGGUCAGGACUCUGGAAGCGCUCAGGACAACUGGCUGCUCAACAGCAACAUCCCACUGGAGACCAGGAGCCAGAAUACUCUAAUGUUUGUCAAGGAAGAGCAAGACGCUUGCAGAGAAGGACAGGGCUCGUACAAAACCAGAAACAUAGUAAAGCAGGCAUUCCUAGAGACUUUACAGGACAACCUGAUUGAGAUGGACAUUCUGGCAUCGGCACGCCAAGAUGCCUCGUAUCAAGAUGGGCACUUCCUGUUCAAACCAGGUGGAACAUCACCAAUGUAUUGCACAACCUCACCGGGGUACCCGUUGACCUCCAACACCGUGUACUCGCCUCCUCCGCGCCCUUUACCUCGAAACACCUUCUCUCGACCUGCCUUCAGCCUGAAGAAACCCUACAAGCACUGCAACUGGAAAUGUGCUGCUCUCAGUGCCAUCCUCAUCUCCAUAACGCUGCUGCUCCUGUUAGCCUACUUCAUCGCCAUUCACCUGUUGGGGUUAAACUGGCACCUGCAGCCAAUGCAGAGACAGAUGUACCAGCUGUCGGAGGACAAUACAAGUGGCCUAACCUUUCCUACAGACCUAAGCUUGCCACCGUUGGGCAACACGGGUUUGGAGAUACCAGAGCGCAGGGGAAAAGAUGACGGCAAAUUGGACAGCUUGUACCCAGAUGACAGCUAUAUAGAUAUGGGGGAGAUCGACGUGGGGCGCAAGGUGGCACAGCAGAUCCCACCCGGGAUUUUCUGGAGAUCCCAGGUCUUCGUUGAUCACCCCAUGUACCUGAAGUUCAACGUGUCGCUCAGCAAAGAUGCCUUAGUGGGAGUGUACGGAAGGAGGGGCCUUCCGCCGUCGCACACACAGUUUGACUUUGUGGAACUUUUGGAUGGGCGGCGACUCCUCGCCCAAGACGCCCAUGGUCUGGAGGGGCCCAUGGUUAUGCAGCGGAGUCUCGUACCCAUCACCACCCACAACACGGGCUUUAUCCAGUACAUGGACUCGGGCAUCUGGCAUCUGGCCAUCUACAACGACGGGAAAGAAAUUGAAACCGUCUCCUUCAUCACCACUCCCAUAGAUUCUAUUGAUGACUGUCCCAGUAACUGCUUUGGAAACGGUGACUGCAUUGCUGGAACGUGCCACUGCUUUUUAGGAUUCAAAGGACCUGAUUGUGGGCGAGCGGCCUGUCCAGUGCUCUGCAGUGGGAAUGGUCAAUACCUUAAAGGUCGCUGCAUGUGUCACAGCGGCUGGAAGGGGUCCGAGUGCGACGUUCCCACCAACCAGUGCAUCGACGUCACGUGCAGCGGCCGUGGAACAUGCAUCAUGGGAACCUGCAUCUGCAACCCCGGCUACAAAGGGGAAAACUGCGAAGAAGUGGACUGUCUGGACCCCACGUGCUCGGGCCGAGGGGUUUGUGUCCAAGGCGAGUGCCACUGCUUCGUGGGCUGGGGCGGGUCCGGAUGUGAAAGCCCCAGGGCUUCCUGCAUGGACCAGUGCUCUGGACAUGGAGCUUUCUUGGCAGACACCGGAACCUGCAGCUGUGACCCCAACUGGACCGGCCAUGACUGCUCUACAGAGAUUUGUGCAGCGGACUGUGGUGGCCACGGCGUUUGUGUUUCAGGCACCUGUCGCUGUGACGACGGCUGGAUGGGCACCGGGUGUGACCAGAGGGCGUGUCACCCACGCUGUAAUGAACAUGGCACUUGCAGGGACGGCAAAUGUGAAUGCAGUCCGGGGUGGAAUGGAGAACACUGCACCAUUGCUCACUAUCUGGAUAAGGUAGUGAAAGAGGGCUGCCCUGGUUUGUGCAACGGCAAUGGUAGGUGCACUCUGGGUAACGGCGGCUGGUAUUGCGUAUGCCAGCUGGGCUGGAGGGGCCCUGGCUGUGACACCUCCAUGGAGACUGCCUGCAGUGAUGGCAAGGACAACGAUGGAGAUGGCCUGGUGGACUGCAUGGACCCAGACUGCUGUCUGCAGGGGACCUGCCACACCACCACAUUGUGCGUCGGCUCCCCAGAACCCCUGGAUAUCAUCCAGGAGACGCAGAUGUCUUCCGUGCACAGCAACCUCCAGACCUUCUACGACCGAGUGCGCUUCCUGGUGGGCAGGGACAGCACCCACGUCGUCCCCGGAAGCAAUCCCUUCGAUGGCAAGCACGCUUGUGUGAUCCGUGGACAAGUGGUGACCUCCGAUGGAACGCCGCUGGUUGGAGUCAACAUCAGCUUCAUCAACAACCCAUCUUACGGUUACACCAUCACCCGACAAGAUGGAAGUUUUGACUUGGUGACCAACGGGGGCAUAGCCAUCGCCCUGCACUUUGAGCGUGCUCCAUUCAUCACCCAGGAGCACACGCUGUGGUUGCCAUGGGGACGCUUCUUCGUCAUGGACACCGUGGUGAUGCGGCACGAGGAGAAUGACAUCCCGAGCUGUGACCUCAGCAGCUUUAGCAGGCCCGUCCCCGUGGUGUCUCCGGCUCCGCUCACCUCGUUCGCCGGCUCCUGCUCGGAAAGGGGGACGGUGGUCCCUGAAAUUCAAGCUCUGCAGGAGGAGGUACCGAUACCCGGGACUGAGAUGAAACUAGGCUAUCUGAGCAGCAGGACUGCUGGGUACAAGUCCAUCCUGAGAGUGACUCUCACCCACUCCACCAUCCCUUUUAACCUGAUGAAGGUCCACCUCAUGGUGGCUGUGGAGGGCAGGCUGUUCAGAAAGUGGUUCCCCGCAGCUCCCAACCUUUCUUACGACUUCAUCUGGGACAAGACUGAUGUGUACAGCCAGAAGGUGUACGGGCUCUCAGAAGCCUUUGUCUCCGUAGGCUUUGAGUAUGAGUCAUGCCCAGACCUCAUUCUUUGGGAGAAGAGAACUGCUGUGCUACAAGGCUAUGAAACCACUGCCUCCAAACUGGGAGGAUGGACAAUAGACAAGCACCAUGCUUUGAAUAUCCAGAGUGGUAUUCUUCACAUGGGAAAUGGAGAGAACGUCUUCAUCUCGCAGCAACCCCCGGUGAUCGGCAGCGUGAUGGGAAACGGGCGCAGGCGCAGCAUUUCCUGCCCCAGCUGCAACGGCCUCGCUGACGGGAACAAGCUCAUGGCCCCUGUCGCUCUGGCCUGCGGCUCCGAUGGAAGUCUGUAUGUUGGUGACUACAACUAUGUGAGGAGGAUUUUCACUACUGGGAACGUCACCAGCGUCCUGGAGCUGAGCAGCAGCCCGGCGCACAAGUACUACCUGACCACCAGUCCCGUGAACGGCGCCGUUUACCUGUCCGACACCAGCAGCAGGAAAGUGUACAAGGUGAAAUCCCGGAACAUUGUCAAAGACGUGGCCAAGAACCUGGAGCUGGUGGCCGGCACGGGCGACCAGUGCCUCCCGUACGACGACGCCCGCUGUGGCGACGGGGGGAAGGCGGUGGAGGCGACCCUCACUAACCCAAGAGGCAUCACUGUAGACAAGUACGGCGUGAUCUUCUUCGUGGAUGGGACCAUGAUUCGCAGGAUUGAUCAGAACGGGAUCAUCUCCACUCUUCUGGGCUUCAAUGACCUGACCUCUGCCCGACCUCUAAGCUGUGACGCUGUGAUGGACAUUUCUCAGGUUCGCCUGGAGUGGCCCACAGACCUGGCAGUGAGUCCCAUGGACAACUCCUUGUAUGUUCUUGACAACAACGUCGUCCUUCAGAUCUCAGAGAACCAUCAAGUCCGAAUAGUCGCCGGUCGACCCAUGCAUUGCCAAGUGCCUGGGAUUGAUCACUUUCUCAUGAGUAAAGUGGCAAUUCACGCAACCUUGGAAUCGGCAAACGCUCUGGCUGUGUCCCACACUGGCGUUUUGUACAUCGCCGAGUCAGACGAAAAGAAGAUAAACCGAGUACGACAGGUGUCCACCAACGGGGAGAUCUCCCUGGUUGCAGGGGCGCCGAGUGGCUGCGACUGCAAAAAUGAUGCCAACUGUGACUGUUAUUCUGGCGAUGAAGGCUAUGCUAAGGACGCCAAACUAAAUGCCCCGUCUUCCUUGGCCGUUUGUCCAGAUGGAGAGCUUUACAUUGCCGACCUCGGAAACAUCCGUAUCCGCUAUGUGCGCAAAAACAAGCCCUUUCUGAACCCCCUCAGCAUGUACGAAGUGUCCUCUCCAAUUAACGAUGAACUCUAUCUAUUUGAUGCCAACGGGAGCCACAUUUUCACACAAAGUCUGACCACAGGAGACUACCUCUACAACCUGAGCUACACAGGAGAAGGAGACAUAACCAGCAUCACUGAUAAGAAUAAAAACACCAUCAUCAUCCGACGGGACACCACUGGAAUGCCGCUGUGGUUGAUGGUCCCUAACGGGGAAACCUUUUGGUUUACCAUUGGUACUAACAAUGCCCUCAAAACGGUCACUGCCCAGGGUCAAGAGCAAGCUGUAAUGACCUACCAUGGAAGCUCAGGACUUCUUGCUUCCAAGACGGAUGAAAAUGGAUGGACAACCUUCUUUGAGUACGACGCUUUCGGGCGGCUCACCAACAUCACUUACCCCACGGGCAGAGUGAACAGCUUUCGCACCGAUGUCGACAGCUCGGUCCGCAUCAAAACCGAGGACUCGAGCAAAGAAGACAUCACGGUCACCACCAACCUGUCAGCUUCUGGCACCUUCUACACAUUUAUGCAAGAUCAAGUUCGGAACAGCUACUUCAUCGGCUUGGAUGGGUCACUGCGGCUGGUUUUGGCCAAUGGGAUGGAAGUCUCCCUGUACACCGAGCCUCACCUGCUGGCCGGGACGGUCAACCCCACCGUCAGCAGGAGGAACGUCACCCUGCCCAUCGACAACGGCCUCAACCUGGUGGAAUGGAGACAGAGGAAGGAGCAGGCUCGGGGUCAGGUCACUGUGUACGGACGCAGACUGAGGGUUCAUAACAGAAACCUGCUGUCACUGGACUUUGAUCGGAUCACCCGUACAGAAAAAGUCUACGACGACCAUCGGAAGUUCACCCUAAGAAUCCACUAUGAUCACGCCGGGCGGCCCACUCUGUGGGCACCAAGCAGCCGUCUCAAUGGAGUCAACGUGACCUAUUCCUCUGGGGGGCAUGUGGCAGGCAUCCAAAGGGGCACCAUGUCCGUUCGCAUGGAGUACGACCAGAACGGCAGAAUCACCUCCCUCAUAUUUGCUGACGGCAAAUCUUGGAGCUACACUUAUCUUGAGAAGUCCAUGGUGUUGCUGCUCUACAGCCAGCGGCAGUACAUCUUUGAGUUUGACAAAAACGACCGACUUUCCUCGGUAACUAUGCCCAACGUCGCACGGCAGACCCUGGAGACCACUCGCUCGAUUGGUUACUACAGAAACACCUACCACCCCCCUGAAGGCAACGCUUCGGUUCUCCAGGACUACAGCGAGAAUGGCCAGUUGCUGCAGACCACCUUCCUGGGGACGGGUCGCAGGGUCAUUUACAAAUACGGGAAGCUCUCCAAGCUCCUGGAGAUCCUAUAUGACACCACCCGCAUUGGUUUCUCCUAUGACGAAGUGGCAGGGAUGCUGAAGACGGUCAACCUGCAGAGUGAGGGCUUCACCUGCACCAUCCGCUACCGUCAGAUCGGCCCGCUGAUUGACAGACAGAUUUUCCGGUUCAGUGAGGAGGGAAUGGUCAACGCCAGGUUCGACUACGUCUACGACAACAGUUUCAGAGUAACCAGCAUGCAGGCCGUCAUCAAUGAAACGCCGCUGCCGAUUGACUUGUACCGGUACGAUGACGUGUCAGGCAAGACGGAGCAGUUUGGCAAAUUUGGUGUCAUCUACUAUGACAUAAAUCAGAUCAUAACAACUGCAGUAAUGACCCACACCAAACACUUUGACGCUUACGGUCGCGUGAAGGAGGUCCAAUACGAAAUUUUCCGCUCGCUCAUGUACUGGAUGAUGGUUCAGUAUGACAAUAUGGGCCGUGUUGUAGCCAAAGAACUUAAAGUCGGCCCUUAUGCCAACACAACACGCUACACCUAUGAGUAUGAUGCUGACGGUCAGCUCCAGGUGGUUUCCAUUAAUGAUAAACCCCUGUGGAGGUACAACUAUGACCUGAACGGUAACUUACACCUGCUCAGCCCUGGAAAUAGCGCACGUCUUACCCCGCUGCGGUAUGACAUCAGAGACCGCAUUACUCGGUUAGGAGAUGUCCAGUACAGGAUGGAUGAGGACGGCUUUCUUAAGCAGCGAGGGAAUGACUACUUUGAGUACAACUCAGCUGGCCUCUUGACUAAAGUCUACAACAAAGUCAGCGGAUGGAGCAUCAAAUAUCGCUACGACGGCCUUGGACGAAGGGUGUCUAGCAGAAGCAGCACCGGCCACCACCUGCAGUUCUUUUACUCUGACCUGUCCAGCCCCACUCGGGUCACCCACAUGUACAACCACUCCAGUUCAGAGAUCACCUCGCUGUACUACGACCUACAGGGUCACUUGUUCGCCAUGGAGCUGUACAGUGGGGACGAGUUUUAUGUGGCGUGCGAUAACAUAGGCACGCCUCUGGCAGUGUUCAGCGGUUCGGGGAUCAUGAUCAAGCAGAUCCUCCACACUGCCUUCGGGGAGGUUUACCUCGACACCAAUCCCAGCUUCCAGCUUAUAAUCGGCUACCAAGGCGGACUGUAUGAGCCUCUCAGCAAACUGGUCUACAUGGGCAGGCGGGAUUACGACGUUCUCACAGGCCGCUGGACAACGCCGGACCAUGAGAUCUGGAAACGCCUGAACAGCGACCACAUAGUGCCGUUUAACUUGUACAUGUUCAAGAACAACAAUCCUCUCAGCAACAAUGAAGAUACAAAGUGCUACAUGACAGAUGUGAACAGCUGGUUGGUGACCUUUGGCUUCCAGUUGUACAACGUGAUCCCUGGUUACCACAAACCAAACACGGAGGCCAUAGAGCCAUCCUACGAGUUGGUCCGCACACAGAUCAAGACACAGGAGUGGGACAGUACCAAGUCUCUGCUGGGGGUUCAGUGUGAGGUUCAGAGGCAGCUGAAGGCCUUUGUGAAGUUGGAACAUUUUGGUCAGAUCUACAAAGCCAAAAGUGCUGGAUGUCCCCAGACCGAGGACAAGAAAGUCUUUGCCUGCGGCGGCUCCAUCUUUGGAAAGGGGGUUAAAUUCGCCAUCCGAGACGGCCGCAUCAGCACGGACAUCAUCAGCCUUGCCAACGAAGACGGCCGCCGCAUGGCCGCCGUCCUGAAUGACGCCUUCUACCUGGAGAGUCUCCACUUCACCAUCAUGGGAGUGGAUACGCACUACUUUGUCAAAAUGGGCUCGGUGGAGGGGGACCUGGCGCUCAUCGGAAUGACGGUGGGCAGACGCACGCUGGAGAACGGCGUGAACGUGACGGUGUCUCAGGUCAACACCGUGUUCAACGGCAGGACUAGGCGCAUCACAGACAUCCAGCUGCAGUAUGGUGCGCUGUGCCUGAACACGCGCUACGGCAGCAGCGUGGACGAGGAGAAGGCGCGGGUUCUGGAGCUGGCUCGGCAGAGGGUUGUGACGCAGGCUUGGGCUCGGGAGCGGCAGAGACUGAGGGACGGCGAGGAAGGCUCCCGGGCCUGGACUGAGGGAGAGAAGCAGCAGCUCCUGGGAUCGGGGAAGGUGCAAGGCUACGAUGGAUACUACGUCGUCUCCGUCGACCAAUAUCCCGAGUUGGCCGACAGCGUCAACAAUGUUCACUUCAUGAGACAGAGUGAGAUGGGUCGAAGGUGACAUGAACACGGGGAUCUCGAGUGACGGACUCGCAUAAAUAAAACGGGACAUUUUGCCAAAGACAGUUGUGUACAUGACCACGUUUUUUUUUCUUCUUUUGACUGUGCUCAACUUUGGUUUUUAAUACUGUAAAAAAAUAGUUGCGAUCAGUUGCACUGUAUUAAUGAAAGAGUGCCCUUCUCCGAACAACAGUCUUUGCCCUCCAAGUGCGGCUGCUAGAGGACGGACAAAUUGUGAUGUCUCUGACUUGUGUUUUUCUUUCCUCAUCCCCCCGUUGGUGAGUCUGCUCAAAGGAAACCAAGAGGAUGAUGGGUAAUAUUUGUUCAGUGGCUCGCUCCGCUGCCAGACCUGCAGAUUGUUCUUCACGAGCUUGCUCCAUUCUGCCUUUUCUGCACACCUCAGCCAAGGAGAUUCCUUCUCUUUUAUUCACGUCUUUUUUAAUACUUGAAACCCCUCGUGGCUCCGGUCAUCCAUAAAUGACCCGAGAUUUCUGUUAGCCCUUUAUCCGAACCCUAGCCAGACUUGUUGAGGCACCUUCAUUUGUGUGGCAUCUUGUCAUUUUUUUGAAGACGGAGGUCUUUAUUCUCAUUUGUGGAGGAGAUCCGCGCACACCAACGGCAUGUUGGCCUUUCUAUGAACUGCGAAAUCAGAGAUAUUGCUUAAUUAAGCCUAAAUCUAAUGGCAAAGCAGAGAGGUUCUUUUUUUUUUUGGUAUUAUUAUUUUUUAUUGUCCUUUUUUUAUUUUAUAAAAGGAAAGAUAUCAUUGGAUGAGCGCUGUACUCCUUUUUCUGUUUAAGCACAAACACUCACAAGAGCCCUGGUAGAGAAUACUGUGGAAUCAACGACUGGAACAAAACUACAAAGACGUACUUUAAGGGUUUGGAAGUCUUGCUUUUCUUUUAUAAAUAGCUCUAUGACUUAACACUAUAACAAAUGUGAAUUUAAAAAAAAUGUGAACUAUUGUUCCUUUUAUUGUUGAUUGUUGUACUUGAACAAUACUUAAGGGUGUCUGAACUCAUGGAAUAAAAUAGGAUGGUGGCUUAGUUGAUUCAAACGAUGUGUGUCUCAUAAGCGUACUGCAUUGUCUGUGCUCUUUGUGGUCACAGAGAGAGCGCUGUUUGCUAAUGGGUGAGUCAGUAUUCUGCAACACGAUGUCCAGUCUCAUUAUGAAAAAUGAUUUGGUUCAAUGCAUUUUUAAACUGAUAAAAAAAAAAUCAGUAUAAAAACAGAAAGGCCUCUCACGUCCAUGCUUCAUCAGUAUAUCGGCCACACACGGAUGUGUUUUGCAUUGUGUCUGAUGAAAGAUCCAAAUUGCCUUUGCCCUGAGGGCAGCCCGGCAGGUCGGAAUCGAAAGUGCUUUCACUCACCAAAAUAGGGCUCCACUCGUUCCCAAAGCUGGUGGAAAUGAAUCAGGCCUGCAGGUGUGCUGGUUCCCUUUACAGACUAAAGGUCGUCCAUACACGCCAACCUCGGAUGUAUCCCGCCUAGACACUCGGUGGCUCUCGCACAACCGCAGCCCACUCAGCGGAUACUGCAAGGGACAUUUACCCCAGCUUAUUUUGAAAUGUUAUGGCGGGGAAAACUCCAGAGGCUAUGCUGGAAAGCGUCCCACUGGUUUGACGUGUUCUGAACUAUGCUAAGCCAUAGCUCUCCGUCCAUUUUUCCAACCAGCUUGUCUGCGUGUGAGUGGGGGGGGGGGGUUACAGCAAAGGCUGAGUGUCUUAAACUGUACAAACAAGUAUGUGGUCCUUUUACCAUGUUAGAUUCAGUGACCAAUUUUUGUUUCCGUGAAAAAAAAAGGAAAAGAACACCAAUGUAUGUUGAACAUAUUAUGAAUGAAGGAUCUUUGCAUUGUGGACUAUUGCACUGAGAACUGUUGCGUCAUGAGACUCUAUCCUUUUUCUAAAGAUUUGGACUCAUUUUGGUUUGUUCUCAACACUGUGUUUCUAGUGCUUCUCUUUGACUCUGUAAAUACGAGGAGGACAUCAGACACAAGCUGUAAAUAAAACGCAAAUGUAGAUACCUUUUAGAGCUACAUUGGUGACCCUUUGUAGUCUGGAGGUAGAAAAAAAUAAAGGGAUUAUUUUGUGUUUA